AUGUCCACACCAGAAACAUCUACAUCGCCUAUACAGCAGACUCCACCUACAACAGUCCAAUCUCCACAAGAAGACAUCGACGCCAUCCUAUCGUCCCUCUCGGCACGAAGCAAGAGGCGUCUUUCUCUUCGGACGAUACUGAGCUCUUAUAGAUCGCAAAAUAACCUCAAAGGCAAGACAAAAGCCUCAGUGGACGAUGACCAAGCUAUAGCUGAAGAUGAAGAAGAGGGAGAGGAGGAGCAGGAGCACGUGUUUAAAGUUGACACCAGUGAGAAUGAGACGUAUGAGAAAUCGAAAGGCGAUCCAAUACAAAUAAACAAGGGACAGAAGAAAGAUGUGAAUGUAGAGGAAGAAUGUCAUGUUGAGUUUGAAAAGGAAUAUGUAUGGGAUGUGUUAUUCGAGAAUCAACGAGGAAUAUACAUCAUGGGAAAAGGUUAUUUCUCUUCCCGAGGUUUACUCCCCGCCGACCCCUCAGCAUUCACCCGACCGUCCAAUCAUAUUCCCUCAGCUUCAAGUCUGAGCAUGAGAACGAGCAUGGGCAAGAAACGGUCAAACCAACAGCUCGACCCGGGUACUUCUGCUCCAUCGCUCUCCUCUUCCUCUCAGCGUCCAGACGGACGUCAGACGGGCAAUCUUACACGAUCAAACAAAACGUCUUACACACUCGAGAGCUAUCAACCGCCUUUACCAGAUUGGCAAUACCUCACACCGUGGAUGAUCAACAUGCGCACGGGCACAGAUGAGCUGGGAUGGAGGUAUAAUGCGUGGUUCAGGCCGAAAGGGUGGUCUAGCCAUUCUGGACCGUUGGGUUGGGGUGGGUGGGUAAGGAGAAGAGAAUGGAUUAGACUUAGAGCUGUUGGCGUCCCUGAGACCAGAUUGGUCGAUAUGCAAGGAAGAGAAAGAAUAGAGAAGAAAGCAGACAAACUCAAGGAUGUUUUGGGUAGUGAAGAGGUCGAUCAGAACGUUCAGGGGAUAUUGGUCGUGAUGGGGAAGAUGGGGUUGGAUAGACAACGAUUAACACUUUGGAAGAAAUGGCUAGAAAAAGAAAAGAAGGAGAGCGAAUACUGGAAAAGGUUGGAGAUUCUUUGUGGGGAUGAACAAGUUCUCAACAUUCUACGCAAACAAUUCACCUAUCCAACCGUCUCCUUCCCUCUAUUCUUAGAUAUCCUAAAAUCUCAUUCUAUCAAAAUACCCGACUCGUUCUAUAAUAUCUCCAAUUCCAACUCUGAAUUUACCAAUUCACCGUCUAUCCCUUCCACACCAACUUCAAUUCAUGAAGAUAAAUCGCCAACCCAACUUCAGCAGAAAGCCCAGAUCUCAUCUACCUCUCCGACCUCAAAGCAAUAA